UCUUGUUGAACAGUAACUUUUCCAGGAAUGAAGCGGGUCGCUGCUGCAGGGUCAAUCACUUCCUCUGGGGUCGUUCGCGGGUCAGAACCAUGUUCGGGUCUGGACUGAAUUAGAAGGUUCUGUAGAGAAAGUCGGGUUCUUCAGUCGCCUCCAGAAUCCCAGAAGAAGAAAAUCCUCCUUCAGCUUCAUCCUGAACCAAAACCUCAAACCUGUGAGAUGAUGUGGAAGAACCAGAUCCAGAACCAGAUCCAGAACCUGGAUAAAGCAGAUCCUGCAGGCAUCAAACUAUCCUGACAGGGAGGCGGAGCCUCUGAGAACAUCAGAGGUGUUUAAGGCCUUCUGAUUGGUCAAUUUUAUCUGCACCUCUUCCUCAAAUGUUUAUUUUAUAGAUCCAAAAAUAAUUUGAAUUAAACGGAUUAUAUCAACAAGACACUGAAGCUGCUCUUCAGCGCCCCCUGGGGGUAAAGACUCCAAACUUCUCUAAUCAACAAGGAGAGAAUCGUUUUUCUUUGAAGAAAAAUGUACUUUUAAAUUUAAAACAUAAAUCUUUCUGCAGAGACAUGACAAACCUUUGAGAUUAUUCCAAACAUAUCAAACUUAACCAUCAACCUCAAAGUUUCAGCUUUGCUGUUGGAACAUUUUGAAUGUUUUUUUUUAUACACUUCAGCAACUUUUUAUGGAUUCUUCCUUUUCUGUCAAAUAUUUGCAGCAGUUUUAAACUUCCUCUGAACUCUAGACUCGUUAAAACGACCAGCUGAGUGGAGGCUACAAACCAGACGCCGACUUCAGCUGCCUUUAAAGGUGUGACCAUCGACUGUAUAAGAGAACUGGACUGACUGACAUCAUCCAUGGAAACGAUUUACUUCUGGCUCCGACAGAAUGAAGUCAAUUUUCACAGUAUUCGGACGCCGGCAUGUUGGAACCAGAUGUUUCUAUGGCAACCACUCUCACCAUUCACCUGUCAAACGUUUUGAACGUUAGACGUAGGGGCCAACAGGCUCCGCCUACUUUCAAUUAAGGCCUCGGAUUGGUCAGUUUAUAACUUGAAAAACAGUAAUGAAAAGAGGAUAAUCAAGAUGUUAAUAAAAAUGUCUCAGAAACAGAAUGUUUAUUCUGACCAACAGAAUGACUGAGUAACAGCUGCACCAGCUCAGUGGUCCUGUGGUAGAGUGUCUGUCCUGAGACUGGAAGGUUGUGAGCUCAAAUCCCGGCCGAGUCAGACCAAAGACUCUGAAGAUGGUACUCAAAACCUCAAAACCCCGUGAAGGGGUUGGAUUGAGGGUUAAACCAGCAAAUGGUUCCAGAGCGCAGCUGUGUCUGCAGGUCACCCCUCCUCUAGGGGGAGGGGUCAAACGCAGACAUCUCACAGACCUCUGACUUUAUUUCUCUAUAGAAGUCGAUGGGAUCUUGUGGGUACUUCCUGUUUGGAUCAUCAGAGGGGCGGAGUCACUCUGUCCAGUUCUCUAUAUAGGACUUGACAUGCGUCGAGUUACAGACAGAUGUGGUGUAAAGAAUCUGGUUGUUUUCCAAAAUAAAACUUUCUUCAGAAUCAGAACAUAAACUAAAAAAUCAAAGUUACCGGUACUGGUACUGGUACUGGUACUGGUACUGGUACUGGCCCGGGGUUCUGGAGAACACGUGUCAGAUUUCACUCUUAACGUGUCUUCAAAACUCUGCCACACAUGGACAGCUGAACUCUAGAAUCUGAUUGGCUGUCUGUGGACGCGUUGUUGACAUUCGGGAAAAUGACUGAUAGAAACGUCCCAGAGACCCUCUGGAUUCAUGCUGUCGCCCCCGGGGGGCGGAGUCUCAUGAGGGGCAAAGGGGGAGAACUGUUUGCUGUGGAGGUUAAAGUCCUGCUGUCUGACCUCUCGUCACACAUUCAGCACCGCGGAGAGCGAGGCCAGACCAGCAGGGGGCGGGGCCUCCAGACGUCACAUGGUCAGUCAGAGUUACAGCAAACAUACGUCUGAGUGAUUUCUGAGGAGAUGAAACAAACACAUCCAGAUUCUUGUCCCUGACGCUUCCACACAUCAGGAGACGGUUCAGAGAAACGCUGAGGCUCAGCUGGACGUCUGGACCACUGAUGAUUCAGCAGAUGAAGCUCCUCUCUGCAGCAGCUGAGCACAGCCGGGCAGGGGGCAAUGAGACAUCCCAUAAUGUGGCAUAAACGCAUGAGGACAGGAAAUGGGAGAAGCUCCGCCCUCCUGUGGCUCGCUCUGAGAUAAACGCUGAGACGCCAGAACCACCAGGAGAGGAGAUGAUGCUCCUUUGAGGAACCACACGGAAAGUCUCUGAGUUUCAGGUCUGAAGCUCGACUGACAGCAGGAGUUUGGGUCGUGUUGGACUCCUGCAGGGAAGUUCUUUGGACUUUGGUUCCGGCUCACGUGGGAGCUCCUCUGGGCUCCUGGAGGAGAUCUGGAGGUCUGGACGUCUCUGCUGCCCCACAACUCGCCUCUGGAUGAGCAGGAGAUGGACGGAACAACAGAACCACCAGAACAAUCCCAACCACUCCAGAAAACCAGGAAACGUUUUUUAGGUUAUUUUAAAGUCUUUAAACUGGAAUGAAAUCUAGAUUUUUGCUGAUUUGACAAAAAAAAUUACAUUUCGGGAAAAAAAAGAAUUAAUUUACAGCUAAAACAUUUUCAAGUAAAACAUUGAUUUUCCUGGAAAAAAAUUAAAGAUUUUUCAAAAGAAAAAGUUCUGGUCCUCAGAUCCAGAUCUCCCUACAUUUAAGCUGCUGAUUACCUGAAUCAGGUGAGUUCACUUCAACAGAUAUCAGAGUCAGUAAAUUUGCAGGUGUCAUGAGUUAGGCUCCUGUUCCCUCCACCGACCACCAGAGGGAGCCAUCUCCAGCGUUUUGGCCUCUUCUCCUGACAUUACAUCUCCCAUCAGCCACUGCUCCUUAACCUUCGACCUUCCAUCAGCUGCUCCCCAGCAAUCCCCUCCCCUGUAUUUAAGUGUGAAGUCUUGUUUGUGCUGUUCUGACCUUUACCGGUUUGACUCCGCCCUCUUCCUGCUCUUAUCGAUAAUCAAACACGAUUGUGGAUCCAAACUGCCUGUUUGUUACAACAGUGAAGGGAGAGCUGGAAACCAUCAGGACGGCGGAUCUGAGGACCAGGAUUGGCUAGUCCUGAUUUAGUGUCUCUGAGAAGAGAUCUGAAAGAGCCCCGCCCCCCAGAGCUCCUCCCAGGAUGACCUCCAUCCCCGACCUGAUCAGGAAGAAGAGAGACGGCGGUCAGCUGACGGAUGAAGAGAUCCGAGUCUUCGUCAGGGCGGUGGCAGAGAAAACCAUUCAGGACUGUCAGACAGGAGCCAUGCUGAUGGCCAUCUGGCAGCGGGGGAUGGUCAGCGCCGAAACCACCACCUUCACCAGAGAGAUGAUGUCAUCGGGGGAAGUGAUGUCGUGGCCAGAGGAGUGGAGGGGGCUGAUGGUGGACAAACACUCCACCGGAGGGGUGGGGGACAAAGUCAGUCUGGUUCUGGCGCCGGCGCUCGCCGCCUGCGGCUGCAAGGUGCCGAUGAUCAGUGGGCGGGGCCUAGCCCACACAGGAGGAACUUUAGACAAGCUGGAAUCCAUUCCAGGGUUCCGGAUCCAGCAGUCGUCAGAACAGAUCAAGGACAUUCUGGGCUCGGUGGGCUGCUGCAUCGUGGGUCAGACUGAACGGCUGGUUCCGGCAGAUCGGGUCCUGUAUGCUCUGCGAGACGCCACCAGCACCGUGGACAGCCUGCCUUUGAUUACUGGGUCCAUCAUCUCAAAGAAAGGGGCGGAGUCUCUGUCAGCUCUGGUUCUGGACGUGAAGUUUGGACGGGCCGCUCUCUACAAAGACCAGCGGGGGGCUCGGGAGCUCGCCGACAUGCUGAUGAGCGCGGGGAACGAGCUGGGCGUCCGGACGGGGGCCGUCCUCAGCCGUAUGGACGCCGUGAUUGGCCGGCGUGUGGGCAACAGUCUGGAAGUGAUGGAAUCUCUGGAGACGCUGAAGGGGGGCGGACCCGACGACCUGAUGGAGCUGACCGCCACGCUCGGUGGUCUGCUGCUGACGAUGACCGGCUUAGCCACCGACCUAUCACAGGGCAGGAAGAAAAUCUCUGACGCUGUGAUUGGUGGAGCCGCUCUCUCAAAGUUCCAGGCCAUGAUGGAGGCUCAGGGCGUGGCCAAAGAGACAGCCCGGGAGCUUUGCUCCGCCCACACCGAUUACUUUAAGGUCUUCAGGAAAUCGGAGCAUCAGAUGGAGCUGAAGGCUCCAGCAGACGGCGUCGUCUGUGACAUCGACGGGAUGCUCAUCGCUCAGGUUCUCCAUAAAUUAGGCGCCGGUCGAUCCAAGGCUGGAGAUCCGGUCAAUCACAGCGUGGGGGCGGAGCUACUUGUGUCGCUGGAUGAGACCGUCCAAACAGGGAGUCCCUGGAUCCGGCUCCACUACGAGGAUCCGGCUCCGACUCCGGAUCAGAUCCAGCAGCUGCAGAAGGCUUUGACUGUGGGAACCCGGACCCAACAGAACCGCUCGUUGGUGACGGAGGUUCUGCUACCGCGGUGACGCACGACUGUGAAGAUGGGAAGGUUUUCUGCAGCCAGAACCACAAAGUGGUUCCAGGACUCAAGUUAGACCGGAUCCAGCCAUCCAGAACUCCUCCCGGACUUUCUUUUGUUAAGUUCUUCUUAUGUCGUUUUAUUCUUGGCUGCUAAAAACAACUUAAAAGUGCAUCAUCGCCCCCUACUGGAAGGGAGGAUGGACCAGAUGAUUGUUUUUCUUAUAACUCGAAACCGUAAACAAGUUUCUUUAGUCGAGUUAAUGUCCAGAGUCCAAGUGACUCUUAAAAAACUGAAGGGGUGGAGCCAAGCACCGAACUCCGCCUCCUACUGUUCAUGUUUAAAUAAGAGGCAUGACCCGACUGCAGUACCACACAGACACCAGUAGGUGGACGAUGAAACAGCUGCUAUAAGGACCAAGAGGAUCAUUUCUUUGGCUGUUUGCCUCCAAACGCUCACAACGUUUUCAUGCUAGAACGUCGCUAAACGAGCUAAUUAUGAGCUAUAGCACCCUGGCUAAGACUAGCUUAACUGCUAUGCUAACGUUUUCAUCAUUUUUUCGCUACGAUCGAUCUAAAGUUUCCUUGAAUCCUCACAGAUCCAGAACUGCAGCUGUAAGAAAAAGUUCCAGACGGCGUUUUCACACAUUUAUUUGUUCUUCACUGAAAGACUUUAGAACAUCAGAACUUUCUUACAAACGUUAAAACAAAACUAGAAUCAAAUCAAAAAACUUUAUUAACUCUUCUUUGUAGAAACAACAGUAGGAGGUGAAACAGACUCUCCGUCCAGCUGCUUCUUCCUUUAUAAAAAUACAAACAUCAGAACAGUCUGUGGAGGAGGAAGACUCUCACAUCUUCAUCUCUGCAGCUCCAGCUGAUCCGCUGCACACCAGCAAGCCCCUCCCCUCUGGAGCUGUUGCCGUGGAGACGGCGGCCUCAGUGAACGACGGAGUUGAGCGGCUCGGCUCGGAUGUUUCCUAAAUCCAGCGUGGAGUCGGUCUCUUCGUCGAUCUCACCGAUCACGGCGCUGAGGCGGGAAAAGCAGAAUAAGAACGACGUCCGUCUGAAAACCUCUAGCCCCGCCCCCCAUGACGGACCGCAGCCUGCCGCUCCGAUCAUCUGAUAGAUCUGUGUGUUUUCAUCGUGAAGACACCAGUUUUAGUUCAAAUCGAAAGAACUGUCUGGUUUUCUAGGACAUAGUUCCUGCAGGAGUCCAUCAGAGACUCACCUCUGAUUGUGGGCGGGGCCAUCUGUAUACACAUUAGCGCUCUAACAAAAGCUACGAGUAACAUCGUUUCUAUCCAGUUCUGAUCCAGAUUCCAGCUCAGAGCAGGAAAACAAAGAUGCUCAUGGAUCUAUUGGUCUGCAUCAGAAAGGGGCGGAGCUUGUAACCCCGCCCAGACGCUUUAAGGUUUUAGUCGUCUCUGUUUUUUCAUGUCCUUCAGGAUUGAUCAUUUAUUUAAGUAGUUUUACUAGUUUGUCAGUAAUGUUUUGUCAUCUUCAUGUCGGUCUAACACUUCGGUUACUUCAACAUCCAGGAGUUCUUCAAUCAGUAAAAGUUUCUGCUAAAUAACUACAUUUGAAUGGAGUCUUGUUUCUUUGACCUUUACUCCAUUCUUCUAUCAGGUCAUUUUAUACAUAAAGAAUUCCAUAAAUACCUGGAACCUGGUCUGCAGGUGAGCUGUUAGCCAGACGGCAGGUGGACAUGGCAUCAGUUACAUUUGAAAUGUUUUCUUUUCUGUCCCUUUUAAAUAAAUAAAAAUAAAAUAUUGAUCAAUGUU